GAUUAUUAAGCACUUAUCGACGAGAUUUUAAGUGAAUUAUUAGGAAACUUGGAAUAGCAAAUACAUACGAAAAAAAUAACUUAAGACUCUUUCAAGAUUCUAUAUAUAUCAAAAAGCUUAGUCAAGGCUAAGGCGAAAGCAAAAUACUACACUCAUUGUUACAUCCGCACCCUUCUUCUUCUUCUUGCUAUGGCAGAUCAUCAAAGAAUCCAUCCAGUACCUGAACCAGAACAAGAACCACCAGUACAAAAACCCACUGUUCCUUUAGUACCAAGGGGUUCUUUCAGUUCAGAAAAAGGUGACCCUGAGAAACAACAAGAACCAGUUCCUUUGAGGAGAAGAACAAUCCCAUAUUAUCCACCAUUAAAACCACCUAAGAGAAGAUGUUGUUCUUGCAAAAAAUGUCUUUGUUGCACAUGUUGUCUGUUAUUCCUCAUGAUCAUAAUCAUUGGUGCUUUAGCUGCUGCUUUCUACUUUGUCUUCCAACCAAAAAUACCAAACUACUCUGUUGACAGCAUGAGGAUCAGUCAAUUCAGUUUCAACAAUGACAUGACUUUAUUGUUUGCUACUUUUAAUGUUGGCAUCACUGCAAGAAACCCCAACAAGAAGAUUGGGAUUUACUAUGAAAGUGGUAGCCAUUUGAGUGUUUGGUAUACUGGUGUUAAGCUUUGUGAAGGGUCAUUGCCAAGAUUUUAUCAGGGUCAUCAGAAUACUACUGUACUAAGUUUGGAUUUAUCAGGACAAACACAGAAUGUUACUGAAUUGAUGCAGGCACUUCAGGUGGAUCGACAGAGAGGAAGUAUUCCAUUGAAUCUCAGGGCAAAAGUUCCAGUGAAGCUUAAAGUUGGGAAAUUGAAGCUUAUGAAAUGGAACUUUUUGGUUAAGUGUAGGCUGGAUGUGGAUAGCUUAUCUGCAAAUAAUGCUAUCAGGAUAAGGAAUAGUGAUUGCAAGUUUGGAUUUAGGCUUUAAUUCAUAUCCCAUUAUAGUCCACCAUUAUAAUCUUGGAUUUCUUUUUUUGUUGUUUGAUUAUUUUUUCUGUAUAAUUACUUUUUCUUCACUUUUUACAGAUUUUUUUCAAUAUCUGUAGACACUGUUGUACUCAUAUAUUUUGGAUUGAUAUAUAUGUAUUAUCGGCUUCUCCUUUUCUUA